AUGGGUCAAGAGAGAGGUGGCACCAAGGUUGACAAUAGCUUGCCUAGCGUGGACGGCCGAGAUUUCGCUGCAUUGCUUGAAGCUGGGACGGGAUCAAAGCCUGGUACCGGCACAACAGGGACCACCCACUCCACGAGCACACGAGGUCUUCCGCCUCAGUGGGUUAAGUGGUGCGAAGACGGUCCGCACGUGCCUGCAACGAGGCUUGAAGACAGGGGCCGUUCCAGUUUGCUCUCUUCUCUUCCCAAAAGCGCCGCUGCGGCGCUGCAGUGGGAACACUACUACCUAGGAACUGGAUGCCGGAGGUUGCUCACCAGCACCAGCACUAGCAUCAGCACCUCCGUUUCUCAGCGACUCGACUGGGACAAGUACUCGAAGCCUCGGAAUUCCAGUGUGUGUCCUGGCUUGUUGGAAGAUGCCUCUGCUGUCUGGAUAUGGGCAAGUAAUGACCCGAGCUUGCAGGGCCAAGAGCAGGCCAGGCACGGGGAUCCGGAUAGCGGCGGUGGACAGCGGGGGGAAUGGGUCAAAGACUGGGAGCUGGAACCAACUGGCUGGUUGAUAGACCGUUGUCCAACGGUGACCACAACCACACGAGAGGACGUUGCCGCCAAGACCAACUUCCUCCUCCUCCGCCUCAAAGUCUCACAGUCGCAUCACCACCUGAAUUCCACAGCCACAGCCACCGCCGCAUUCGCCUCUUCAUUUGUCUCUUGCUCACCUCCACGAUACUCGCCUGACGAGUGCCUCCCGCUAUUGAAAACACCGCAGGAUUUAUACCCGACCACUCGCCGCAUCGUGCAGCACCUCGGAGAUGAGGCGCGCAACGGUGGGCGGCCCGGCAUGAAGUGA